GCCUUUCAACAAGAUGGUAACAAUAUUAAUGAUAAUCGCGAUUGGUGCUGGYUUAACCGAAGCAACGUCAUGCGGAACACGUCCAGGAGGGGCGCGUAUUGUAGGAGGAGAAGAUGCCGUCCCUAAUUCAUGGCCCUGGCAAGUAUCUCUUCGCAAAGGACGUUCCAAUUAUCAUACAUGUGGAGGAACUCUUAUCCGACCAGACUGGGUACUAACCGCUGCSCACUGUGUAAUGAGGCCUGACAGAUACACUGUUAUAGUAGGUUCUCAUUAUCGUAAAGGGAACGAAACCGCUGUACAGCAGAACAUACGAGUCCGCAAGGUUCACCGUCAUCUUGGUUUUACUAUGGCUGACUACAAGGACGACAUAGCUGUCUUACAGCUUGAUAGACCAGCUGUUCUUAGUGACAAAGUAAAACCAGCAUGUUUGCCGACUAAAGACCCUGCCGUAGGCGCUAAAUGUUAUACCUCAGGCUGGGGUCGUAUUUCACCAAAUGGCUGGGGCUCAGAAACAUUAAAACAAGCGCAGUUUGUGAUUUCAUCAGACGAUGAGUGCAAAAGGCAGUAUGGUGCUGGUUUUAUCAAGCARUGGACUCACUUGUGUGCAGGGGAUCCUGGGAAUUCUGCGAGCACUUGUCAAGGUGACAGUGGGGGUCCACUGGUCUGCGAAGAAAAUGGACGAUGGUAUGUUCAUGGAGCGACAAGCUUUGGUGCCAGUUGCAGUCUAAAGUACGACACGGUAUACACCAGAAUAAAUAAGUACAUCGACUGGAUUUACAAAAGGAUUGGAGGUACUGCGCCAACACCAGAACCGACAAAUCCACAUCGAACUACUGCACAACCACCGAAAAAAACCACAGUGACACCGACAACCCAUCCACCACCACCACCACCGAAAACAACCAUAUCACCAAAAACAACCAUAUCACCACCAGCAACCCAAUCUCCUGUGACUACACCAGGUUGUAAAGACAAAGGGUCAGGAUGCAGUGGAAUGCAAAGCAGUCAGUGUAGCUUUCCCAUAGUGAAGAUGUUGUGCCGGAAAACAUGUGGAUUGUGUUAAAUGACCAUUAUUACCAAGACUUUUCAAGUGUAAAGCCACGAUUAAUAAAACCAAAAAUAAACAUAAA